UGUAAAUACGGUGCCAUGCACAGAUUUGUACAACUGAAGAAGGAAUAUGAUUUGAAGAAACAAGAAGCUAAUCAAAUCAAUGCUAAAUUGGAACAAACUAAACAUCAUGAACAAUUAACAGUUAUCAAAAAUCUUCUAACUGCAAUAGAUGAACAAGAAAAUAAUUUGAAAAAUGCAGAGAAAAAACAAAAAAAUGCCACAGAUAAAGUUAAAGAAUUGGAAAAUAAAUUAAAGAAUGCUAAGUCAGUCAGAGAAAAAGAAUUAAAACAAGCAGAAGAUACUCUAAACAAAGCUAAAAAAAAUAUGGAAGAAUCAGCCAAGAAAAUGAAAGAAAAAUUACAGGAAGUUGAUAGUGUAAAACUAGAGACAGAAGAACUACAGAAAGAAAUAUGUAAUUAUGAAUGUCAGUUAGAAACCUGUUAUAUAAAUAUUUUUGAGUUAGAAGGAGAAAUACUAGAAUUGCAGAAAGAUGGUGAUAAUCAGAAGUCCGCUGUUUUACAAGCUCAAGAGGCUGUUAAUAAACAAAAACUGUUAUUGAGAGCAAAGAACAAGGAAAUUGGUGAAAAAGUGGCUGAACAAAGAACUUGUCAAAAAGAAAUUAAAACCACAAAACUAGAGAUGCAAGAUUUAGAUCAUAAAAUUACUAAACAUCAGAAAGACUUUAGAGAUGCUAUUAAAUUGGUUGAGAACUUACUUCAAGAAUAUGAAUGGAUAACAGAAGAAAAAAAGUUUUUUGGGCAGCCUAACACUGGUUAUGAUUUUAAAGUACAUGACCCAAAAGAAGCAGGUAGGCGGAUCUCUAGAUUGACAGAAACUAAAGAGAAACUAUCAAAAAAUGUGAACAUGAGAGCUAUGAACAUGUUGGGAAAAGCUGAAGAACAGUAUAAUGAUCUGAUUAGAAAACGACAGAUUGUUCUCAAUGAUAAAUCUAAAAUAGCAUUAGUAAUUGUGGAAUUAGAUGAAAAGAAAAAUAAUGCUCUGAAAAAAGCCUGGACUCAAGUGAAUAAGGAUUUUAACUCGAUCUUUUCUUCGCUACUACCUGGUACACAGGCUAAGUUAUCUCCUCCAGACAGUAAAACAGUUUUAGAUGGACUUGAAGUUAAAGUAGCAUUUGGUGAUGUAUGGAAAGAGUCCUUGAGUGAAUUAAGUGGAGGUCAAAGAUCUUUGGUAGCUUUAUCAUUGAUAUUGUCACUACUAUUAUUUAAACCAGCACCAAUAUAUAUCCUAGAUGAAGUUGAUGCUGCCCUAGAUCUUUCCCAUACACAAAAUAUUGGCCAAAUGAUUAAAAGCCAUUUUCAACAUUCCCAGUUUAUUGUGGUUUCAUUAAAAGAUGGUAUGUUUACUAAUGCCAAUAUUCUAUUUAAAACUAAAUUUGUUGAUGGGGUAUCAACAGUAAGUCGGCAUAUACAACAAACCAUGAAACCUACAACAAAUGCGUCGCUUCAUACAGAGGAAGAAAUAACUGUCAAACGAAGAAAAGAAGCUUUGUAGAUAUUUAGUAGCAAACUAUAUUUUCGUCAACAUGUAUUAUAAUAUUAUGUUAUCUUUUAUCAUAUGUAAACUUGAUGUAUAUUAAUAUUAUCUUUAUCUUAUCUUCAUAACAACAACUUUAUGGAUUUAUUACAAGGAAUCUUUCAAUAAACUACCUGAUGUAUAUUUAUCUUAUCUUCAUAAUAACAACUUUAUGGAUUUAUUACAAGGAAUCUUUCAAUAAACUAACAGGUAUGUUUAUACGCCCAUAUUUUCAUGUGAUGUACAAUAAUAAAUAGAAUAUAACUAAAAAAAAAAACAUUGUUUCAUCAGUAAAAAUACUUCAGGGCGAGAAG